AUGGCUGCUUUCGCCAGAAUGGUGAAGGGCCAGGUGCGCAAUUAUUCCGCACCCGUGGACAUGGCUAUUCCUGCCUCCAAGCGGAAGUUCAUUCCCUCGUCCGGAUCGUACCCUAAAGGCUUCGUCGUCUCUGGUACACACGUUGGAGUCAAGGCGUCGAACACCAGGUUCCCCGAUCUCGCUUUGAUCUCGUCCGAAACCCCAUGCUCGGCCGCAGCUGUGUUCACUACCAACAAGUUCCAGGCUGCGCCGGUGCAAGUGAGCAAGGAUAUCAUCAAAACCCGCCAGGGUCAAGGCAUCCGGUCCGUCGUGAUCAACUCAGGCUGCGCCAAUGCCGUCACCGGCAAAGGAGGUCUGGAAGAUGCAGUGAGCAUGGGUAAGAAGGUAGACGAAUGCGAUGGACUCAACGAACCUAGCACUCUCGUCAUGAGCACUGGUGUCAUCGGUCAACGCCUCCCAAUCUCGAAGAUCCUCAUGAAGGUCCCAGUGGCCCACGCCAACCUCUCCUCUACGCACGACGCCUGGCUGACCACGGCCCGCGCAAUCUGCACAACGGAUACCUUCCCCAAGCUUCUCUCCCGCACAUUCACGCUCCCCUCCUCCCCAGGUCGCACCUACAGCCUCGCCGGCAUGACCAAGGGAGCCGGUAUGAUCCACCCGAAUAUGGCCACUCUCCUUGGCGUUCUGUGCACCGAUGCACCAGUCGAACCCUCCGCCCUCCAGUCCCUUCUCAAGCACUCCGUCAACCGCUCGUUCAACUCCAUCUCCGUCGACGGCGACACCAGCACGAAUGACACGAUCGCCAUCCUCGCCAACGGUGCCGCAGGCGGAUCACCCAUCAGCUCCGCCUCGUCCGACGACUACGCCGCAAUGCAAGAGGUUCUCACUUCGUUCGCGCAGUCGCUGUCUCAGCUCGUCGUGCGCGACGGCGAAGGAGCCACUAAGUUUGUUACUGUCCGUAUCCAGAACUCCCCCGACUAUGAAUCCGGUCGGUUGAUUGCGUCGACUAUUGCCCGCUCUCCGCUCGUCAAGACGGCCUUGUAUGGUAAGGAUGCUAACUGGGGUCGUAUUCUUUGCGCUAUUGGUUAUACCCAAGGUGUGGCGCCGGGAACUGUCGUUCCUGAGCGCACGAGCGUCAGCUUCAAGCCUGUUGAUGGUAGCCCUGUGUUGAACUUGCUGGUGAACGGUGAGCCUGAACAGGUCGAUGAAGAGCGUGCUAGUGUUAUUCUCCAGGAGGAAGAUCUGGAGAUUGUUGUUGACCUUGGCGGUGGUGAGAAGGGUGAGCAGGGUCUUGGUGGUGAGGAGGCUGUUUACUGGUUUUGUGAUUUCAGCCACGAAUAUGUCACUAUUAAUGGUGACUACAGAACUUAA